AUGUUCAAGUCUAUCGUUCCCGCCUUGUUGGUAGCAACUAUCCUUCCAACCACCCUAGCAAAGACAUGCUCUGCUGUCGGCGCCAUGGCAGACAACUCUGUUGUAGGACUCGGUCCCCAAGGAGUGAGCAACAGUGUUCACCUAUACGAUCCUGAUGGAAACGAGAUCGGUUCAACCGACAGCAAUGCCUGCACCGACCUCCUUUACAUUGAAGGAGACGGACUGACAGACAAAUUCGCAUGGGCGGCCAGCUGUAAUCUCACCAAGUUUAAGUACGCCGAUCAUCUUUUGAUACAUUUGACUUAA